AUGAUCCCUCACUUGGGCCGUUUGGUCUUAGGACUUUCUCUCAAUUUUUGGGCAGCUCUAGUAGCAGCUGAUAACUCAACAUUCUACAACCCAAUCCUACCCGGCUGGCACUCCGAUCCAUCAUGUGUCCACGUUGAUGGCACCUUCUACUGCGUCACCUCAAGUUUCAUCACUUUCCCUGGACAACAAGAAGGCUUCUACGCCGCAACUAUUCGGCACCAUGAUGGCGAGUUCUGGGUUGUGUGCGAGUACCUCGGCCUGCCCUACGGAAUGUUGGGAACGGUCUUCAAAACGAACAAUCCGUUCGAUGGAGCAAGCUGGAGUGACCCUUACACAUUCCUAACACCCAACGGAGAUCUGGAUCUUUUCUGGGACGACGACGGAAAAAUGUACAUCCCGGGAGGCGGCCACGUUCUCCUCGACGUCGACCUCGAGACGGGGACGGUUGUCAACAACACGUUCCUCUGGGGCGGCACCGGUGGUGUUUGGCCUGAAGGCCCUCACAUUUACCGCAAAGAUGGCUGGUACUACAUCUCUGCUGCCGAGGGUGGGACCGAGACUGGGCACUACCAGGUCAUGGCCCGAUCUUCCAGUCUGACGGGCCCGUAUGAGCCGUGCCCGUACAACCCGGUCUUGACCAAUAAGGAUACCGAUGAAUAUUUCCAGACUAUCGGCCACGCAGACCUAUUCCAAGACUUUGAUGGAAACUGGUGGGGUGUCGCGCUAGCCACCCGUUCCGGGCCAGAAUGGAGAAUCUAUCCCAUGGGUCGCGAGACGGUCUUGUAUCCAGUCACCUGGCGCGAAGGCGAGUGGCCGAUACUGGAACCCGUCAGAGGCAAAAUGUCGGGUUGGCAAAUGCCCCCGGCAUCUAGAGAUCUCCCCGGAGACGGCCCGUUCAACUCGGACCCCGACGCGUACGAUUUUACGGCACUGGGUGUUAUCCCUCGGAAUCUCAUCCACUGGAGGGUUCCAAAUGAGGGCGCCUUUUCGAUUGAAAGCUCGAGGGGGCUCCAUAUUGUGCCUAGUCGCGCGAACCUCACGGGCGAUAAUGCGGAUCUGGACGGCCGUUCGGGGCUAUCUUUCAUCGGACGACCUCAGACGGACUCUCUCUUUACCUUCGAAGCCGUCAUUGAUGCACUGACCGCUGAUAUAGACCAAGAAACCGGUGUUACGUUGUUCCUGACGCAGUUCAAUCACGCCGAUGUUGGGGUAGUGGUCCUCCCCAAGACAGACGGCUCCGAAGGGAACGACCGCAUGCUACGCUUCAGGGCAACGGGAGAAGAUGCUCCCGUGGAGAAUAUCGCCAAGGUGCCUGAAGCGUGGAGAGACGACUCGAUUCGCUUCCAGAUCGCCACAGUCAACAGCACUUACUACACGAUGGCCGCAUCCCAGGCUUCUCAACCGGACCAGCAAGUUGUCAUGGGUACAUUCUCGGCACGAUUAGUCAGUGGCCAGAGUGGUCCUUUCACCGGAUCGUUGGUCGGCGUCUACGCUACCUGUAACGGCGCUGGCUCAGGAGUCGAGUGCCCCUCCGGAGGUGAUAGUUGGGUGAAGGAAUGGCAUUACGAAGGUAAAGGUCAAUACUACACUGCAACCGACCUUAUCCCAGAGUAA